UUUUUCUCUCUGAAAUAACAUGCAAAAAACUUGCUGAUAAUUUUCUCACGAACACACCGGAUCUAAGCAUGGAAUGGUAUAGGUGCCUUGUUUUAAUUUAUUCGAUACUGUUUUCAAUAUUUUCAAUUUCAAAUAGUGCUCCUGGAAGAUUGACAAGAAGUUUAAAAUGCCGUUCACUUUUGGACCUGAUCGUCGUGGUUGAUGGUUCGGAUAGUAUCACAGCUAAAGAUUUUAUUAUUCUGAAAAAGUCAUUAGCGGAUUAUCAAGAAGCAUUACAUUUAGCAGAUGAUCAAGCCAAGUUUGGUCUGGUAUUGUACAGUAGUGGUGUAUCUGCAACCAUUUCAUUAUCAUCUAAUAAAGAGCAGUUGAGAAAGGACAUCCUUGCUUUACGCCAUCCUAGAGAUGGAACCAGAACCGAUUUGGGGAUACAAGCUAUGAGAGAGAUGUUUCAGAGUCAAGGCCGUCAAGAUGUUCCUAAGGUGGGAAUUGUUAUCACGGAUGGCAUAUCGAAAGACCCAGAGAAAACUGCACAACAAGCUAUAAUUACAAAGACUUCCGGUGUGACAAUAUUUGCUGUAGGAGUAUCGCAAUUAAUUGAUAAAAUCGAAUUAAUCUCAAUAGCAUCUGGUGCCGACAAGGUUUUAUCUAUAAGUACUUUUGAUCAGUUAAAAUCUGUUGUUUCAACACUUGUUAAAGAAGUAUGUCCUACAACAACCACAUCAACUACAACUACAACAACAACCACAACAACAACGACGACGACAACCCCACCACCGCCGACUACAACAACAUCUACCACAACCUCAACGACUACUCCAACGACAACUACCACCAUGAUGACAACAACAGCAGACUGGGACCCAUGUGACGGAUGUAAAAUGAGGAACGGAGCAGGAUUUAACGGCCAUCCGUCUGACUGUGGGAAGUUUGUCCAGUGUUAUUUUGGAAAUGCCGGAAUUAAAGCAGCUGUCAUCCAGGAAUGCCCAUGGGGAAAUUUCUGGAGUCAGGAAUCAUUAACUUGUCAACCGGCUGGUAUGGUCAAUUGUCCGAACGACAGAUGUCUCAUCGAUCAAACUCUCUACACAUACGAGGCAAGUUCUGGUAACUGUCGCUCCUUUUGGGCAUGCGAAGGGAACCAGUCAUACCCUAUGUGCUGUCCUGUAAAUUAUAGAUACAAAAAGGGCAUUGGGUGCGUUCCAGAUGAAAGUUGCAAGGAACCUUGUCCACCUAGGCAGGCCUCUUUCUUGGCCUCCGAUAAAGUCGUAAAAGAACGUAUUCCAGAUGCUGACACUAUCAAUAAUAAGCUUGAGAAGAUGCCAGUGGUUAAAGCUGUGAAAAAUCUUUGCGACAAAAAACCUGUAAAGGAUGACCCAGAUUUCUUCGAACAAUAUGUAGAAUUUAAUGGCUGGGUGAAGAUGCCGUGCGCACCUGGUACUCAUUUCAAUGCCGAAGAUUGUCACUGUACUGUAAUGGCGGUCUUUAAUACGACUACAGGAGGAUGUAAGUCUAAAGUAAGAUUAGAUUUCGGAAAAUCAUUUGAAGAGGCAAGAAAUCCUAUUUAUGUUGUGAACCAGAAUGUCAAUGUCUCGAAUGGUAUUGCUAAGUUUGAUGGUAAAAGCUUACUCCGUGUACCACAGCUAUCCAAUGUUGAUCUUGGUGGAACUGUUGUUCUACGUCUGCGCAUUAAAGACACUCGCAGGAAGAAGCUAGACAAAAGAUCAACCCGCCCACAAGCUAUUGUUAGUAAUGGCGAUUGUGGAAACAAUGCUUCUCUGUUAGUGGCAAAAGAAGAAGACGCCAUUAUAUUUGGUGCCCAGGCAGAUGGGGGACAUUUUACUAGUUUUGAAAUUCCUACACCAGGUGACGACUGGAAGGACAUUGUUUAUAAAUACUCUGAUGGAAAAUUAGAAGGAGAAGUAAAUAACGUCAAAUAUUCAAAGUUCCUUGACGGUUCAGGUCCAAUAGAAAGACGAGCGUGCGCACUGCAGAUUGGUCACGGACAAGAAAUGGAUGACUUUGAAGGCGAAAUGGAUGACAUUGAGAUGUUUACGUGUAUGCCUGAUGACGAACGUUGACGGUAGAUGGCGCUGUUUUGACGAAAUCCAUGCUAUAUGUUCUGUGCUCUUUAUUUUAAAACUCUUCCUGUC